GAUGAAAACCCAAAGGUUAACCUAGAAAUGCUAUAAAUUGAGGGCAGUUCCUAAACUCAAUAUCUGCAACCAAUACUAAAAAUCCACUAGUAAAACCCUUAUCUAAAAAUGGCAGUGAUGAGUUAUAACAAAGCAGAAGGCAGGCUAUACGAGUCAACUCAGACUCGGCCAGUUCCUUACAUACAAACUGUUGGCCAAGAGAGCGGAGGAGACGAUGAUGACGACGACUCUGACGUGGCUCCGGCGGCUUGAUCAUGUGCAUUUUGCCGUAUAUUUGCUAUUUAUAAACUUAAAUAGCAGUCAGUUUUUUCAGUAUAGUAAUUGUGCUUCUUGUCAUAGAACCUCACACACACACAUAUAUCUAUUUAGCUGAAGCACUAGAUCGUGCAUGCCUGUAUAUCCAUGUCGCAAGCGGGCCUUUAUAGUAUGUAUUACAUAAACAACAUUUCUGACUCUGCAGUGUUGAGAGAUUUAGUUAGCUUUAAGUAUUAAUGUAAUGUAUCGUGUGUCAAUUACUUAUUAAUCAUGAAAUAAUAUCAAUUAUGUACA